AAAUGUGUACAAAAUAUUAAUUAAAACUUUCAACAUUUUGGAUAGCAGUAAUAUCUGCACAAAACCAACCAAAAUGUCUAACGCGCAACGUUCGUUUGCCCAGAAGCUAUCCAAGCAACAUGCGGCAGAUGUGCGAAAGAAUGUAGUCAAUUGUCAUAUGCAAACAAAGACAUCCGAUCCGAUGUAUUCGUCCACGCUCUCUUUAACAGAGCCUGUGGAACCACUAGACUAUGAAGAGUUUCUUACUCAGCAUAUGAGUAUUUUAAGUCGCGACCCCUUGAAGCAUAUUCUGGAUUUCCCACAAGGCGACGUAACGGUUAGGAUCAUCCCCCGAAAAAUUCGCACUACCGAACAUGUUGUACCCAAGGAAAACAUCUCGGACCUCCCACAUUAUGUGCAAGAGUGCGUCCACUGCUAUACACGCCCAUGGAAGGUUGUCGAAUAUUCCCAGCGGCAUUACUCCAGCUCAUGUUGUGUCCGCGAACGUAUUGAUCGCGGCACAAUAAGCCCCUCUGCUUACCAACAGGAGUUUGAAAUUGACAAGGACUUUGCUUCCUUUGACGAAACGACAAUAGAUAAAAGCGAUAGCUGUACACCCAGCUCAAGACAAUCCAUAGCUAGUCUCGCAUCAAUGAGUUCUUGUACGGAUACUUUGACGCCCCGAGGCUCUUGGGCCAGCUUUGAUUUGCGACGCUCCGUCAAUGAUCCGCUUAUACCGGACCUUCUAGACAAUGUGCCACCGGAACAAAUUGAUCAAACUAAUGAGACUCGUCGCCAGGAGGAUAGACAGGAGGCAUUAUUUUCGCUUUAUCCAGAGGCCGACCCUGAAGAAAUUAUUGAGCGUCGACUGCCCGCUGAGCUCCCUAUAGAACACAUGGGUCAUCGCAUACUCGUAAAAUGUUUGCAGCUAAAAUUAGAGCUUGAGGUAGAACCCAUAUUUGGAUCGAUGGCCAUUUAUGAUCUAUCCAAAGAACCAAAAAAAAUAUCAGAGAACUUCUAUUUCGAUAUGAACACUGACAGUCUAAAACUGAUGCUUUCAAGUCACGUCCAGUGUUCUGAUGCUAGUACGGAAAGUCGCUCAGCUAUCUUUGAGAUAUCAUAUCCUAGUAACGAGUUGUAUCUAGUUAUUCGGCUUGAAAAAGUAUUACAAGGCGAUAUCAACAACUCCGUUGAACCGUAUCUUAAGGAAGACAAGGAUAAAUAUCGUGAAAAGGCAAAGUCAAAUGCGGUUGACUAUUGUGAACGCUUGGGAAAAUACCGUAUGCCAUUCGCCUGGACUGGAAUUUAUUUGUCGAAUGUCUUUAAUGGUGAAAACGCAGAAGUUAAAGAUACCAGUGCCGGCGAUCGUGACUCAGCAAGCAGUGGCAGUGGAACUUUAGGUUCAGCCGCCAGCUCUAAUAGUUUGGAUCGUAAGUCCUCGACUAGCAGUUUUGACCAAUUGCGACGCAAAGCCAACGAUAUGAGUGGUACUUUAACGCGGCGCGGAUCCUUAGAGCGCAAAGAGAAACGGCGUUCAUGGUCGCCAGAUGAUUUUGCGAAUAUCAUCGAAGGAUUUCGUCCGAUUACAAUAACAGUUUCCAGUUUUUUUAAGCAGGAAGCGGAUAAGAUGAAAGACGAGGACCUAUUUAAGUUUUUGCCAGAGCUCAAACGUCCGACCACAGUGAUGAAAAAAUACAAAUGUAUACCAGGCUCGAUUAAGCUAGAGAUAUCACCGUGUCUGGAUGAUGUAAAGAACGCACUAACGCCGGAGUUGGCAAAAAUUGAACCACAAAGUGAUCAGAAAACUCCGUUUGUCAAAGAGAUUUUAGAAUUUCCAUCGCAAAGCAUAUACAAUCCGUAUUAUAGCUAUCGAAAUUUGCUCUUCGUUUCGCCCAAAGAACUAAACUUUUCUUCUCGGGCCGGCUCUGCGCGCAACAUUGCUGUCCGCGUUCAACUGAUGGCCGGUGAGAACCCUAGCGAUGCCGUUAAUGCCAUCUUUGGAAAAUCAUCAUGUCCAGAGUAUUCUCCGGAUGCAUUUACCGCUGUUAACUAUCACAACAAGUGUCCAUCAUUCUAUGACGAGAUUAAGAUAGCGUUACCACCGAGUAUUAAAAAUCAUCAUCUACUUUUUACAAUUUACCACGUAUCGUGCCAAAAGAAGCCACACGAACUGCAGGCAUCUGUUGAAACGCCGGUGGGCUACACCUGGCUACCCCUGAAUGGAAAACUCAAUGGCGAAUUCAAUUUACCAGUUAUAGUGGAGACGCCUCCAGAGAAUUAUUCCUUUAUUUCGCCGAAUGUCCAUUUACCAGGUAUUAAAUGGCUCGAUAAUCACCGCGCCGUAUUCACCAUAAGAAUGGAUGCUGUGACAGCGGUACAUACACUGGAUCCCCAGCUAGACCGCUUCUUUUUGGAUUGCGAAUAUUUGGAUACACGCAACAUUCCCUCACAUAUUGGGGAAAGCAAUAUUGAGGCCGAGCUUAAAAAAUGCCUCCUGGAUAUCGAACAUGCAGAUCGUGAUCCAUUGAUUAAACAUCUACACUUGGUUUUGGAUAAACUUAUAGAAUUACUGGUUACGACCUAUAAAAUAGGAAGUAACACAUUGUCGUUGGGCUCUACGGUAUUCGAGGUGCUUUGCAUGGUUUCAGCUAAUCUAUCCAUACUAAGCGAUGAUAUUGUGGGCGAUCAAUACGGACGUCAAAGUCUGUUUUCGACCUAUGUUCAGUUCCAGUGCAAGAUACCCCACCCAUUGAAUGCCAAACAUCGCGAUGGGCUGCAGUCAAAUGAGUAUAAGGAUCGCCUGGAACCGGCUUUAGAUGUGUCAUCUUUGUAUUCGUCUCGUGAUGGACAGGUUCGCUUGCUGCACGAGGAACUGGCCCUACAUUGGGUCGUGGCUAGCGGUAGGGCCACAGAGCUGGCCAUGAGCAACUCCUGGUUUUUAUUUGAACUCAUCGUCAAAUCGAUGAUUGAGCAUUUAGAUAGCUCGUAUACUUUAAAUGCGCCGCGAAAGCUGCGUUUCCCACACCAAUUCACUGAUGACAUAUCCACGCUUGUACAUUUAGUUACGACUAAAGUUGUCGGCUAUCAUAGCAGCGAUCCAAAAUUAGCACAAUCGUUAAAUGCCAGUUUAGCAUUUUUCAUCUUCGAUGCAUUUAGUAUUAUGGAUCGUGGCUUUGUAUUUGGCUUAAUCAAUACAUACAAGAAAGUUCUUAUCUCGAAGAAUGCUUCCGUACCCGACUUGAUGAACUAUAAGUUAGAUUUUCUGCGAAUAGUGUGCAGCCACGAACAUUUCGUGGCCUUGAACUUGGCCUUCGGCACACCUUACAUGACCAUUUCGGCGCCAUGCAGUCCCACACCCAGUACUACUUCAAGCAACAGUCAGGCAUCCUAUGGAUCUAUUGAACGUGCAUUGCAUGCGGAGCUCAGCACAGAGUUCAGGCAGCAACACUUUUUAGUUGGCCUAGUUCUGAGUGAUUUAGCUACCGUGUUGGAAGUGCCAAAUCCUCAGCUGCAUGGCAAAGCUAUACGCUGUAUUCGUAAUUUAAUGACAUCGCAUGACUUAGACACACGUUACAACGAUACGGAGGCUCGUGCCCGCGUCGCCACUCUCUAUAUUCCUCUGCUUUCAAUAGUGAUGGACACAAUUCCGCAACUACAUCAGUAUGUUGCAGACUCGCACGAUCGUUUACAACAGAUCGGGUUUCUCGAGGACUAUCAGGGGCCCCAUCAAACCAUUGCGACUACUACAAUUAGUCCCGAAGUUGCUUAUGCAAUAUCAGGAAGCCGCACUUACGCUUACAUGACCGAGCAAGUAAAGAACAAGGCGCCGCUUAGCAUAGAGAACACACGUCAUUUGUUGGUGUGCUAUCUUUGGGUCCUUAAGAACCUGGAACCCACCGUUCUAUACCGUUGGCUGCUGGGCUUGAGCCCUCAUCGAGUCCACCAAAUGCUACAAGUGCUCAAUGCAUGCCUUCCAACGUUUGAGUACAAGGGCCAGAAACGACUGCCUGUUUCUACAUUAAAGCGUACAAAUACGCAAAGUUUUCGUAAGUCUGCACCUACAGAUGUCAAGGAAAAGUUGGAGGAGUGUAUUAGAGGCACUAACUCAGCAACCCAUCAGCUACUUCGUCGCAAGGAUCGCAUUUCGACAGACAAAUUCCGGUGGCGAAAGGAUCAAAUGCCAUACCGGUCCCAAUACAUUGAUAUUGCUAACAAAGGCGAUACGGAAAUUGAGUUGGGGCACUAUAUUGAAGGUUCUCUGGCCACAGAAAUUGUCCUGGUCUUACUUGACACAUUGGAUAUCAUUGUGCAUGUGGCAACCAACUCUGAGCUUCAUCAUAAUCUCCUUGGCACAACACUAAAAGUUCUAUUGCAUGCACUUUCUCGCAAUCAAUCGACGCUGGCACUUCGAAAUUUGUUUGCUACACAGCGAAAUUUGAUUUUGAAAUUUCCCAAUCUUCUGUUUGAUGAGGAGACCGAUAUCUGUGCGGACUUGUGCCUCCUGCUGUUAAAGCACUGCGGCUCACAGCUGCCGGGCAUUCGUUCACAAGCAGCUGCAUCACUUUAUCUGCUAAUGAGACAAAACUUUGAAAUUGGCAACAACUUUGCUCGCGUUAAAAUGCAGGUGACAAUGUCGUUGAGUUCGUUAGUUGGUACCAGCUUUGGUACCAGCUCAUCAUUCAGUGAACAAUCCCUGCGGCGGGCAUUGAAAACUGUACUGGUCUAUGCUGAAUGUGAUAACGAUCUGCAGGAAACUUCUUUUCCUGAGCAAGUUCAGGAUUUGCUGUUUAACCUUCAUAUGAUCCUUUCCGAUACAGUUAAGAUGAAGGAGUAUCAGCAGGAUCCCGAAAUGUUGCUCGACCUCAUGCAUCGCAUUGCAAAAGGUUAUCAAAACAAUCCAGAUCUGCGGCUCACCUGGCUAGAAAAUAUGGCCAAGAAGCAUCGUGAACGCGGGAAUCAUACAGAAGCCGCCAUGUCCUAUGUGCAUGCUGCUGCUUUAGUAUCCGAAUACCUAAGCAUGCUUGAAUCCCAACCACAUUUGCCUGAUGGUGCAGUCAGCUUCCAGCGGAUUACACCAAAUGCACUAAUGGAGUCGGCAGUGUCAGAUGAUGUGCUCAGUCCGGGACCGGAUGGCAUUUGUCUUGGGAACCACUUUUCGGAGACAGGGCUGAAGGCUUUACUAGAAGAAGCGUCGAACUCCCUGCAAAUAGCCGGCCAUUACGAAGCCAUGAACGAAGUUUACAAGAUAUUAAUACCGAUUUGCGAGGCAAAUCGUGAUUUUCAGAAGCUGGCAAAAGUGCAUGGAAAACUACAGGAGGCCUUCAAUCGUGUUUCACAGCUACAGGGUAAACGUGUAUUUGGCACUUACUUUCGUGUUGGGUUUUAUGGCUCAAAGUUCGGAGAUUUGGACCAGCAAGAGUUUAUUUAUAAAGAGCCGACUUUGACAAAACUUCCAGAGAUCUUCAGUCGUCUUCAAAAUUUUUAUGCAGAACGCUUUGGUCCGGACUCUGUGCACAUAAUAAAAGACUCUAAUUCUGUGGACCUACAAUCCUUAGACCCGAAUAAAGCUUACAUACAAAUAACCUAUGUGGAGCCCUAUUUUGAGACGUACGAAAUGCGCCGCCGGGAGACCUUUUUUGAACGAAAUUUUAAUAUAAAGCGAUUUAUUUUUGCCACGCCGUUCACUAAAACUGGCAAGGCCCAUGGUGAUUUAAAUGAACAAUGCAAACGGAAAACAAUUUUGGUCACAUCGAAUCAUUUUCCUUAUGUGAAAACUCGCAUUCAAGUGAUUAGCCGACAGCAAAUUGUUUUGGAACCGAUUGAAGUAGCUAUAGAGGAUAUCCAAAAGAAAACUUUAGAACUUGCAGCUGCUACCAACCAAGAACCAGCUGACCCAAAAAUAUUACAAAUGGUUCUCCAAGGCUGCAUUGGUACUACUGUUAAUCAAGGCCCUAUGGAAAUGGCGACGGUGUUUCUCUCCAAACUUGCCGACGGCACUACUAUUCCGACAAAGCAUCAAAAUAAAUUACGUUUAUGCUUUCGCGAAUUUUCGAAGCGAGUCCUCGAUGCAUUAAAGAAAAAUCGAAAUCUUAUAUUACCCGAUCAGAAAGACUAUCAACGCGAACUGGAACGAAAUAACGAGCGAUUCGUGGAGCGUCUUACACCCCUCAUAACAUUGACGCCAAUUCAAGCACAAGGAAUUGUAAAAUCCAACGCCAGCAACAAUAAAAGUACGCCGUUAAAAUGCGUUUCGGAUUACUUUAAGUAAGAAAUUUUUAGAUUUAAGGUUAAGUGUUACGAAAUUCCAGGCUGAGGUAAUUUUAUAAAAGCUUAAUCCAAAGAAUCUCGCCACAUCAAAAAUAAUUAAAAAGAAAAGAAUUAGAUUUGAAAGAUGGAAGAUUGCGAUAAAAAAAA